AUGCAAAAAAGGGUUGUAACUGCCCGCAACAAGACCAUCGAGCAAGAAGAUGCGAAGCUCGGGUCAUCAACGAGUGGUGUCCACGCAGUACCAGGCCCAUUUAAUGCCAGCAAGGGCUGGUUUGACAAAUUUCGGGAACGCUUUGGACUUAAAAGUGUUUCUCUGCACGGAGAAGCCGCCUCUGAGGACACCGCUGGAGCAAAAGAAUACGUGAACAACAAAUUUAAAGCAAUCAUCGAGGAGGGGGGAUAUAAGCCUGAACAAGUUUUUAGUAUGGAUGAAAAAGGUAUAUUUUGGAAAAGAAUGCCCUCUCGCACCUUUAUAAUAAAGGAUGAAGCCAAAGCCCCAGGAUUUAAGGCCCAAAAAGAUUGUGUGACUCUAGCUAUGUGUGGAAAUGCUGCGGGCUUUAUGAUAAAACCAGGGGUUAUCUAUAGGUAA